UAGAAUCAAAGUUCCCUGAUAACAUAUAAAAACGAGAGGCCAAGAAACGAAGUUCAACGAACGACCAUCAUGCUUGUUUUUAAGUCCACUUUACCACUCUCUUCAUCAUCUUCAUCUCUUCACACCAAUCUCACAUUUCAUCUCUAUAACCUCUCUUCUUCUAAACUCUCUUCUUCUUCUCUGCUUUUUCUUCAUCAUCAUGUUCACUCCACAAGGCAAACCUCCUCAACCUCUAGAGUUAGGAAACUUUCCAUUAGAGCUUACAUGGAGAACCAGAACUCCAUUUCCGGUUUCGCCAACAAGGUCAUUGGUUCUUUGCCUGUGGUUGGACUCAUAGCUAGGAUUCUCAGCGAUGAAGGUGGCGUUGGAAGUGACAUCAUUGAUUUUGCUGAGUUCAGAAGAAGGGUUGGCAAGAAGUGCUCCAUCAAUGAUUCCAGAGCUUUCUAUGAGUUCCAGACUCGAAGAGGACGGGCAGGGGAUCCUCUUUAUGUUCUGUUGUGCUGUUGGCUAGCUGCGGUUGGUGCUGGUCUUCUGAAAACUGAGGAGAUUUUGGAAGGAGUGGCGAGGCUGCGGAUCUCAAAUGACAUUGAAUUUGAGGAGCAGAAUUUUAUUGCCUUGAUGAAUGAAGCAAGAGAG